AUGAGUGGCAACGACGAUGCCAGAGCCAAUCCAUCGCUGAACAAGCGACAGCGGCUGUUAAACAUCAUGCGGACCACUCGCGACGUCUAUGUGCCGACUUUCACCACGACGAUGUCGCAACUAAAGUCGGACGCCAGCAGCACCAUCAAGAGCUAUUAUGACGCUUCUGGCGCCCCUGGUACCUCUUCAGGUGCUCCCCUGUGGCCUGCGGAUAUGAAAACUUUAGUCUACCCGUCGUACACUCGCUUGGAGGACGGUGGACGCUUCGAAACGCAUAUUAGGGGUCUGGUCUUCACGCCGGGGACCAUGAACCGGAAGUCCAGGCUGAUUUUGUCGCUAUGUCGACAGCUUAUUCGGCCCAGCUCUCCCACCGAAAAAACAGCUAUUGAUGAGCAGUCGGAAACGCGAUCAACUGAUUCGCAAUCCACCUUUGAUUCAGCCUCGAAUCAUUCCUCACUUGCCCUGGACUCCAGUGAAGAAAAUACCCUCCGGUCCAGGAUAGCAGGAUUUCUACAAAAACAUAUUAUGGGAGUCAACCUUGCUAUUAACAUAUCCGACGGUUAUGCUCAAGAGGAAUGCACAUACGUUGCUACCGACAGUUGGGGAAACUACAACGUUAAAGUAGUGACGCAGUUCAAGCCAGAGAACAUCGAUGUAAAAAUUGAUGUUCCUGAUGGAAUGCUAGUGAACUGCCCUAUCAAUAUCGUUGAAAACAGCGGUUUUGCAUUGAUAAGUGACGUGGAUGAUACUAUCAAACAUACGGGCGUGACAGGAGACAAGAGAUCUCUUUUCACCAACGUCUUUGUGCAUGAGUUAAAAACAUGGUCCAUUCCAGGGAUGCCUAUUUGGUACAAUACCUUAAAAGAUGCUGAAAAGGUUGACUUCUUCUACGUUUCGAACUCUCCCUUCCAGAUUUACCCACUUCUCGACGAUUAUAUUUCUCAGAACUUUCCACCAGGCCCUCUCUUUCUUAAACAAUAUUCGGGCAACUUGAUGUCUAGCUUGAUGUCAUCCAGCGCUAAACGGAAAUUGGGAUCAAUACUAAGUAUUCUCAAAGACUUCCCCCAAAAAAGAUUUAUACUAGUGGGCGAUUCUGGCGAAAGAGAUUUAGAAGCGUACACAGAGGCUGUUAAACAAUUUCCUACUCAAAUUGCUGCUAUUUACAUUCGUUGCUGUAAGCAAUCGAUGAGCGAUGUUGUUAUAAAUGACCUCAAAGUUGUCCAAGAGUUAAAUUACAUGAUCGAAACGAAAUACUACAAGGAAAUAAAAUCAGAUUCAGUUGGUCUUCAUCCCAACUUAGUGCGAAGACAAGAGUCUUCUGAUCACAAUAACAUUCCGGACUUGAUUCAGUUCGAUGAAAAUAGUAAAGGAGCUCCUAUUAAGCCGCAAAAGAAGCCGACAUUGAGUAAAUCACAGCAAGUUGACAUAGAUCGAUCCAGACGAAAUGCUCCCUCGUUACCUCCAAGGAAGCAUGCUACGUUUCCUGUGCGGGAUAAGGAUUCGCUUACAUUCAACCGCAGUGCGACAGACGACAUAAUUUAUUGUACUCCAUCAUCGCAAAAUGAUUAUGGAACGUACUCUACAUUUUUCGACUCCAGGGCAGAUUCUUGGCGUCAAAGAGUGAUGCAUACAAUUUUGGAGCUCAAGAGUAGUGGAGCUAACGUAAGACUUCAAUUUUUUACUCAACCGGAACUGUGUUUAGAAGACAGCAUAGAGAUUAUUCGGAGGGAGAAGGAGAAAAGUUUACAGCAAAAACCUUUCAUUGGUAAUAGUUAA